GGUUUCGGCCCGAGACGUUGCCUAUUUCCUUCGCUCCAUAGAUGCUGCCUCACCCGCUGAGUUUCUCCAGCAUUUUUGUGUACCUUCGAUUUUCCAGCAUCUGCAGUUCCUUCUUAAACCCUCUUUCUGCUUGGCGGCCCACCGCCGGGUCCCUCUUCGUUCUCGGCUUACCCCCCCCCACGCCAGGUUGCUCUGGGUGGCCCGUUGGUCGUUUGGCUCCGUGCCGCCACAUGGUGCAUCCCUAAAGUCUCCCUUACAUAACAAAUAGCUACUGAUCUAAAUCUUGACCAACGUCUGCCACCCACAGUUUUCUUGAGGAGCAGGUUCCAGAUUUGCACCACACUGUGGAAACAUUGCCCCCCACAGGAGUUAGCUCUAAUUAUUUUGGGUAUCCUGGCAAAUAAAUUAUUUCUGCCGAUCCAAUCUACUAAAUCACUAUGAAUUACUCUGCUAGAUACCUUACAGUUUAAGAAUCUCAAGAAAAUCAAAGAGUGCAUAAAAUAUUUACGAGGAUAUUGAGGGCAUGUGUUAUAGGGGGUUGUUGGACAAACUGCGACUUUAUUCCUAGGAGCACGGGAGGCUGAGGGGUGAUAUUUCUAGAUAUCAGGAUCGAGGGAAGAGCAGGUACUUCUGUCCAUAACCUCUGGAAAUCUACAGGCAUUGCAUUGUCCCAGUGGAUCUAAAGGGAACACAUUGGUUUGCUACUCUGCCCUUUGUGCCACUUGUCAAGACUCCUCUGUCCAGGCAAUAAUGCCAGUGCCUAAAUUUAUUUAGCCCUCAGUUUCAAUUUAGUUUUUAGUUUACCGAGUUACAGUGAAAAGCUUGUGUUGCGUGCUAACCAGACAGCGGAAAGACAAUACAUGAUUACAAUCAAGCUAUUCACAGUGUACAGACACAUGAUAAGGGAAUAACAUUUAGUGUAAGGUAAAACCAGUAAAGUCCGAUCAAAGAUGGUCUUAGUGUCCCCGCUUUGGGUGACAGGAGUCAGAGAAUGGACAUAUCUGAGAGGAGAUUAAGAAGAUCAUAGUUGAAGAAAGAAAUGUUGCUGUAGGAGUAAGAGAUUGAAACGUGUGGAGCGAUUGCAACACGUGAUUGCAGAUGUUCUUCUGUGGCUGGCACACAAAUGGUCGCCGUUAGAGUCGGCACAGCAAGGCACUAGGACCCCACAGGACUGGUUUGAUGUGCUGUAAUGCUCUGCCUCACUGGCGAGCGCAUCUCAUCUGGAGCAUUCGGAAACCCAGCACUCCAGGAUCGUGUUCGCGUUUCUGGACAGCAAAAUGCACCGGCAUUAUCAACCCACCGCACCAGCCAGCAACAGGUACCUGCAGCAGAAAUGGGACCAGGACAAAUAUCAAAAGCAUAGGACAAAGGUGGAAACAGCUGCAGCAGUUGUGGAUACCAAGGGAUCUUGGACUCCUGCGCAUAUUCAAGUCAAGUUAAAGAAAGUCCAGUUACAGGAAGAUCGCUUGGCUAUCAUAGCAAGAGACAAUCAGAUUCUUUCCUUCAAAUUAGUUGACAUCAUGAGAUCCAAUGGGACGGUGGAGAAUUGGAACAACUACAUAUGUAAAAGCCUUAAUGCAGAGAAGCGUCACAGGCAGUCCAUGCAGAUCACGCAGGAGAACCAAGCCAUCUUUCACCGCAUUACACAGUGCAAGUCACAGUACAAGAGCAGCAGGCUGAAUGAGGAAUGGGAGAGAGUAAAGAGGGUGCAGAACGACAUUGCACAUUUCCCGCGGGGGACGAAGGCUGAACAGAAAACUAGGAAGAAAGUGCACUUUGGAGGAAUUGGAGUCGCCAAGAAUGGUGAGACUACUCGGUGCGGAGAAGAUGGUGGCAUCCAAAAGAUGUUGACAACAGGGUGAUCAGUAUAAAAGCAACGUCAGGCCCUGCUCCAUCUCACGUCAGCUUUUCCUCCAACCCUAUCCCGACAACCUCUUAAAUAUCUCAAAGCAUUUUCUUACGUAUGUCCUUCAAAUGCAUUCACCUGGAUUAGUAUAAAAGCAACUUCAGGUCCUACUCCACCUCACUUCAGCUUCCUGCCCACCCUUAUCCCAACAACACCUCUCAAAUAUCUUGAGGCAUUUUCUUACCUAUGUCCUUCAGAUAUAUUCACCUUUCCCUCGCUGCAAUCCACCCUACAUUGUGUGGAAGGGGCACUCUGCACCAGCAGCACUGCCCUAUACCAAUCAUCAGUCUGAUCAAGCGUGGAUGGAUCUCCCUGUGAGGGGGUUGGCGUUGUCAUACACCUUGUUUUAACCUUACUUUAUAGACCUCUCAUGACAAACCUGCUCUCUCUGGAGAUACAAGGAACUGCAGAUACAGGCCUACCACCGAUUUUCCUUGGUUCCAGAGCCUUUCUGGAUUAUCCGUUUUGCCAGACCAAUAGACGUCACGGCCUCCGAGAGGAGUCCAACAGUACCGGAGCGGUCUGCCUAAGCCACAGAGGGGCCGAGACACCGAUAAAGUUGGUCGCGGAAGUCAGCUAUGGGAAAGGUACUGCCAGUGUUCCAUUUCCCGGCUGAAGGGGGCUUAUUCGACCCACUGAUCCGCCGCGGAAGCCCCGAUGAAGUCGUGAUCGGCCACCUCACCCGGCUUGGACGCCACAUGUUCACGGGGUCUUCCAGGAGGGCAAUUUUAAAUGCGCUCUCAUCAUUUUGUCUGGAUUAAAGGAGGUGAUGGAACACCAGUUGCCGGAAAAUCGGUGGUGGACCUGUACUGGUUUAUCAAAAAAACACAAGUUUCUGGAGUAACCCAGCGGGUCAGGCUAGACACAAAAUGCUGGAGUAAUUCAGCGGGACAGGCAGCAUCACUGGAGAGAAAGAAUGGUUGAUGUUUCGGGUCAAGACCCUUCAGACAGCCUGAAAAAGGGUCUCGACCCAAAACAUCACCCAUUCCUUCUCUCCAGAGAUGCUGCCUGUCCCGCUGAGUUACUCCAGCGUUUUGUGUCUAUCUUCAAUUUAAACCAGCAUCUGCAGUUCCUUCCUACACAGCGGGUCAGGCUGUCUGACCAGUUCUCUCCAGACAUUGUUUAAUGAAUCUUUGCUGCAUCAUCUCUUUGGCUGUCAAAUACAUCCUUUCUUCAGUAAAUCCUAAUCUGUACAUGAUAUACCAUUUUGCAGUCUCACUAUUGUACUACAUAAUUGCUGUAAGAUUUACUAACAAUAUUUGUUACUCACAGCCUUUUUUCAGCACUGAAAACCCUUAAUAAAACAGAUAAACCAACUUAA